CUUCUCUCUAUCACGUCAUCAGUAUCAGCGCGUGUGUGAGAGAGAGAGAGAGAGAGAGAGAGAGAAGGAAAGGAGAGCAUAUGGAGAUCUUGGAAUGUUGGUAUUCAAUCCUUCUUUCAUCGUCUUUGAGCUUUUUGAGCUCUUUUGAAGAAGACGAGGUUCUACUUUUGCAAAAGUUUGGAUUUUUCUAGCGUAUCUCUUAUUGGUUCAAUGAUAAAUUGGAUACAUAUAUAAAAGUUCGGAAUCGAAGCAUUCUAUAUUUUCAGAUUGGGAUUGAGUUUCGAUUUGGUUUUGUCUUUGAGUGGGGGUGAAAAGUUUCGAUUUUGUUUUUUGGAUGGGUUUUGCGGUGAUGUUUCUGGAGAAAUUCCUAUGUGAAUGUGAAAAUUUGAGUUUGGGUUUGCUUCUGUGAAUCUGAUAAGAAGGAAUAGGCGGCUCUGUAGUGUUUUGAUGGUAGCCAUUUGAGGGUUUGGGAGAAGAUUUUGUGAAAAAGUUCUCAUCUUUGGUAUCUUUCAGGGGAGCAAUCUCAUCAAUAGAGAUCAUCCAUUUGCCAAAGACACAGCCUUUCUUAUUGCCAGUUUGUUCUAUAAACCCAGCUCAGAAUGCCAAGGCACAGCCCAAGUGCUGAUGGAUUCAUCAGUGGCAAAGCUUGCAAGAUCCGAAAGCGUGGAUGCUCCUCAACAUCUUCAUCGUCAUCAGUCUUACCAAAUUAUAGAUUCAAGAAGGCAAUAUUGGUUCAUAAAAGGGGUGGUUCGACAACCCCUGUACCAACUUGGAAGAUGAAUGCUGCAUCACCAUCUUCAAGGAUGAGCUUCUCUGAAUCAUCUCGAUGCCAGCCAUUGAAAAUUGGUGUUAGAGCUGGCCAAGACUCGGUAACUGCUCGAAAGCUUGCCAAUGCUCUCUGGGAGAUGAACAAGAUCCCUUCACCCCAUAUGGUUGUAGGUAUUCAAGAGAAAAGAUCUAGGAAGGAGAUUAGAGGGAAAGGCAGGAUGGUAAAGUCUGUCCUGCCUGAAUCUCUCCCUCCACAUCUGUCUGAUCCAUCCCAUAGCCCUGUCUCGGGGCUGUCGGAGAAAUCAAGUAGUAACAGGAUUUUGGUGGAUACUCGGAGGUCUCGGCGUAAUAAUCACAACACAAGGGCUUUAGAAUUUCUCAAUGAUGCUAGUCUAAUGGAGAUUGAAGCACACUCUCAGGACUUCACUCCAACAAGUUCAAUUAAAAGAACGAAGAACUGCUUAAAGGAUCUCGGUAGUGGUCUGGCAACAGCCAAGGAGCUCUUGAAAUCACUGAACCAUCUGUGGGGGCUCGAGGGGCAGCAUUCGUCGAGCAUUCCUCUAGUUUCGGCCCUUCGUUGUGAGCUUGAUCGGGCCCUCCUUCAGGUUGACCAACUUCUACGAGAACAGAGAUCUGAGUGGGAUGAAAUCAAAUAUAUCAAGAAGCAGCUCCUGGAAGAGAAGUUAUCAUGGAAGAGCAAAGAGCAAGAGAGGAUCAGGGCUGCUCUAAACUCAAUAGUGGGAGAGCUCGAGUCAGAAAAGAAGAUGAGGAGAAGAGGAGGCAGGCUUAACCAAAAGUUAGGUUUGGAAGUAGCAAAGACAAAGACCUUCUUGUCAAAAAUACUCAGAGAACUUGACAAUGAGAGAAGAACGAGAGAGAUGAUUGAACAAUUCUGCACUGACUUAGUUAGGGGCAUUGGAGAGGACAAGGCUGAGGUUGAAGAGAUGAAGCUGCAGUCUGAAAAGGUCCGAGAAGAACUGGAAAGGGAGAGGGACAUGCUUCAGCUUGCUGAUAUGUGGCGUGAGGAAAGAGUUCAAAUGAAGCUCUCAGAAGCCAAGUUCCAAUUUGAGGAGAAAAAUGCAGCUGUUGAUCAACUGAGGAAUGAGCUUGAAGCUUUUUUGAGUGCUAAAAGAACUGAAGAGCCUAAAGAUAGAAAUGCUGGUAUUGAAGGUAUAUUGGACACUGACGCUCAAAAGAAACCAAUUCAUCCAAGCAAAAUUCGAAAGACUGCUGAUCUAAAUAUCUAUGAACAGAAGGAUGGGCGAGAGGUGCACAAUCGAGGAGAGCAUGUAAAUGAAGAUGAUGAGAUGGACUCAACAGACAGUGAUUUGCAUUCAAUAGAACUGAAUAUGGACAACAAUAAUAAAACCUAUAGUUGGAGCUACGCUACUGACGGUGUUACUGAUGGGAUGAAGUCAGGUUCGGUUGAAAGACAGGAUGAGGUAAUUAGCAUAAACUAUGAGAAAGGAUCAAGGAGGAGAUUUUCUGUAAAUAAGGACAUGAACCUUGACAAAAGCACACAAUAUUUGGAUGAUGAAUUGGAAGAAGAUAGACAACUUUAUAGCAGUGAUUUCCUGAACUAUCGGGAUGAGAAACUUGAUGAAGAUGCAGAAAGGUACAUCUCAGUGAAGAAUCUCCGAGACCGUAUGUUAGCUGGUUCUAGAAAUUCCAUGGUGCUCGGUUUACCAAGUCCAACCCGACAGUGGCAUAGGACACAACGUGUGCAAGAAAUGGAUGAUGAAAUUGGUGAUGGAGGCACAAAGAUUUCUGAGAUGGUGAGAGCAAUAAGAGAAGGUGAAUCGAAGGUCAGUUUGGGAGGAAGCAACCAGGAGAACAGUCAUCCUCACUUGCCAAUGGCUCCUGUCCAGUGAAUC